CCUUCCUCCGGUUUCGUGUCGUAGGCACCACGCGUUGAGCAGCGAAGGCCGCCGCGGCCUUCGCGCGGCUGCCAACCGCAUCCUCCAGAUGAUGCACAUGCACAUGAACUCGCGUGGCGCAGCGGCUCCCGACGCCGAUGGCGCCGGCGAGCGGCCCGCGCACCACGCAUGACGCAUGCUGCCGCAACGCGCCAACAUCCCGCAGAGGAGCCUCGUGUCCAUCACUGCGAACUCAGGCAUUAACAAGUAGUUACUAUGUUCCUAGAAAACUGCACCGGACAUAAUGACUUUAUCAGAAUCCUUUGACGAGCAGCCACCCCUCACGACAGAUAUACUUGAUGGCUCUACGUCCACUUGGGAAGCUUUAUACUGUUCUCAUCUCUGGUCAAACAGCAAUUUACGGAGGGCAAUUAUCAACGCACCUCAUACAGACAAUAAGGUGAUAAAAUACUGUUAUACUUGUAAAGGCAAGAUAAGAAAAUAUGAAAUUAAAUCGCCAAACCAGGAUUUCAUUCCUAACAAUCAUUCCACUCCUAACGGAAGAAUAUCAAUAAAAGACUUAGAGUUGCCCAUAAAUGAGCUUCAGCAGAGUUCACAUGACAUCGGUCACGCAAUUUUGACUGAUAACCGUAAUUUUACUGAGACUGCUAACGUCGAGGCUAACCAGUGCAUUCCAUCGAUAUCACGACAAAUUGAUUCCAGUUUUAGGCAAAAGUAUACGUCGUAUGAAAUGCGCCCGAAUGAGAUAAACCGAUGGAGACUGAGAAAAAGCCUGAAAGGCAUUGGAUGUAUCGUAGACUUCGCUCUGACUGAUAGUCCUGUGAAGAAGCGGACUCAAAUACAAGCGUGCUCAAUAAGUGUGAUGAUUGUAGCUAUUGUAGUUAUAAGUUUCGUUUUAGUUAAUUUUACUACUCCUAGUUUUACACGUGCAACUAAGGUUGCUAGUACAAUCGUAGUGCCAACUGAAACUAUUGAUUCCAAUGAAACGUCUUCGUUAAAUAUUACUAAUUUUAAUUUUGAAGUCUCAUCUGAAGUGAGUGACAGCAGCACAGAAGACUCUACAACAACAGAACCAGUGACUACUACUGUUGAUAAUACAUCCCUUAUAUCCAAUAUCAUAUCAAAAAUUCGUAAAAAUAUCAAAACGUAUCCAAAAGAUCAUAAGAAAAUUCUUGAGAGUCAGAAACCAAAAGAUAUCAUUAACAGAGACUUAUCACAAAGAUUUUGUUCGUGCCAAACAAACGAAGUGUGCAUGUUAGACGAAAACAGUGGAACUUCAAUUUGUCGACAAGCUGUGGAUAUUGAAGACCCUACAGGUUGCGGUGGGCUCUGCGCUCUAGAGACCGAGGCGUGCCAGCUGGUGGACCGCGCGCGCGGCGUGCGCGUGUGCCGGCUGCUGACCCUGGUGACGUGCGCUGCGCACGAGUGGCGCUGCCGCAACGGACUCUGCGUCCCCGCCGAGGCCCGUUGCGACGGCUCCAUACAAUGCUAUGAUCGCUCCGACGAAAUGCUCUGUGAAUGUGAUCUCACAAAGCAAUUUCGAUGUGGUCAUCACAUAUCAUGUUUUCCCAACACAAAACUCUGUGAUGGUGUCAUUGACUGUUGGGAUGGCUUCGACGAGUUUAACUGCACUACAGAAUGUCCGGAGAACCAGUUCACCUGCACGGAUGGCCAAUGUAUAGUGCAGUCGCGAUUCUGCGACGGUCUAGCGGACUGCGCAGACAGCAGUGACGAGCCACGGGGCUGCGGGGGCGCGUGUGGCACACACGAGCUGCGUUGCAAGAACCACCGUUGCGUUCCGCGCGCCGCCCUCUGCGACGGCAGAGAUCACUGCGGUGAUGGCACCGACGAACUUCAUUGCUCUUCAUGAUGUAAAAGAACAUUCCUUGUGUGCAAUUAUAAAAAUUUAAGCUCAUCUGUCGAAUGUAUGAUGAACUAUGGAUGCUGGUUGUAAAAGAGUUCCUAGAUUACUCUAUCAGCUCUAAGUAACUUUAAAAUAUUUCACGAAGUCAUUCUUAUAAAUGUGCAUUGAAAGUGAAACUCGAAGUUGUCAUAGAAUAUCAUGAACACUGUGCCUAUGUAUGUUUGUGUUUGUUAUUUGUAGUGUUCACCGUACUGAAGAGUUUUA